AUGUCUGCUCUCAAUCCCCGCCUGGGCUCUCGGGCAUUCUGCUCUGCUGGACCGCGCACAGAACGAAUCACAAGAACCUUGCCCCACGCGCUUCUGCACCCUGGCCGUGACUGGCUCUUUUCGCGAAACUCUCUGGCUGGGCCAGUCACAUCCCGGUUCGAGUUCUGGUGUUGUUCCUCUCUCGACCUCGAACCUGGAACGUCCCUCGGAUCUCAUGUCGUCGUUUUUUUGUUUGGCUAUUAUGCUCCCCUCAAAUCCCCACCCUCGUGCACUUCUUUCCGCCAGGCCGUACCUUCGCACACCUUGGAGGACAUCUUGUCGUGCCUUACCCUUACCAUCAUUGCGACAUGCCAUUCCGAUGGGUCAUCAACACACCCUGCCGGUGGUCCAUACCUCACUGAUGGUCCAUCAACAUCGGUUUUUAAGCCCAUCAACUGUUUAACCGUUUCAAUCGCUCGACGCGCCGACUCCGAGUCCGUUGACUGCGCGCCUUCCUUUUCCUCCUUCCUUCCUUCUGGCCCUGGCUCUCUUGGUUGA